ACCGGCUGACAGCGCACGCAAACAGAAAACACAAGUGCUAUUGUUUUCAAUACUAAUAGCAUAAGAAAUUGUGAAGAUGGAGACCCUGAAGCGGUGGAUGAAGAACUGGAAGUAUCCCACCUCUCUCUUGUGCAUCUAUGGAUUCUUCAGCACAGUCAAGCCUUUAGAGCCGUUUCUCUACCCAUUCCUCACUGGACCAGACAAGAACCUGACAACGGAGCAGUUGAACAAUCAGAUAUUCCCCGUGUGGACGUACUCAUACCUGGCUGUUCUGGUUCCUUUCUUCCUCCUCACUGAUUGGCUGCGCUACAAACCAGUGGUGGUCUUCCAGUCUUUAAUCCUGUUCUGCACCACGUCCAUGUUGCUGUGGUGUAACGGCGUUGCGGAGAUGCAGGCCAUGCAGUUUACCUAUGGAGUGGUGACGUCCUGUGAUGUUGCUUACUUUACGUACAUCUACAGUAUGGUGGAACUCAAACACUACCUGAAAGCCACUUCGUACUGCCGGACUGCCCAGCUCCUGGGGUACACCGUGGGCUCUGUUUUGGGGCAGAUCCUGGUCUCUUUAGAGCUCAUGUCCUACAACAACAUUCUAGUGUUUACGCUGGUUCUCACAGGCAUUGCGAUGAUUGCCUCCAUUCUUCUCCCGAUGCCCAAGGUCAGUAUGUUCUUCCAUAAAAAGAAGAGCGAAGAGGCCGAUGCUGAAGAGAAUUCUGGGAAUGUCAAAACUUUGGAGCUUGGGGAAGGAUUUGGGACAACGGUUGAUCUUAGUAAUGAUGUAAAGGUGGAUGAAGCCAAAUGGCAACAGGAUGUACUGGAUGGAUCUAAUGGCUGUAAUAGUGGUAGUGUAAAAAGUUCCAAGUCGGGUGGGAAAGCUGGCUGUGGUGAUGUUCUGCUGCGGUUGUGGAGGGAUUUCCUGCAGUGUUUCUCCUCUCGAACGCUGCUUCUCUGGUCAGCCUGGUGGGCUUUGGCCACUUGUGGCUACAACCAGACGGUCAACUACGUCCAGUCGCUCUGGGAGCAUGUGGAGCCAUCUAGUAACUUCACAGUCUACAAUGGAGGAGCGGAGGCACUCUCUAACCUGUUCGGGGCCGCGGCGGCGUAUGGUAUCGGGUUAUCCUCCGCAGACUGGUCCCGCUGGGGUGAGAUGGCACUAAGCGCUCUUUCUGCCCUGGAGGGCGGCGCUCUGUUCGCGAUGGUCUUUAGUGGGAACAUCUGGGUCUGUUACGGCGGCUACAUCCUCUUUAAAAGCCUCUAUAUGCUGCUCAUCACCAUUGCCAUGUUUCAGAUAGCAGCUGGGCUGAACAUGGAGCGUUACGCGCUUGUGUUUGGAGCGAAUACCUUCUGUGCUCUGGUGCUGCAGACGAUCAUCACCUCAGUGGUGGUGGACAGCAGAGGCCUCGGUGUGGAUGUCGUCACUCAGUUCAUCAUCUACGGGGCGUAUUUUUCUGUCAUUGCAGUCAUUUUCUUCCUGCGGGGUCUGUAUACCACAAUGUGCCGGAAACCUGAGACUGAAACAUCGAGAGAAAACUUAGAAGAAGCUUUUAAAAACGAUGCACAGAUUGUUACUGAAACCAAAUUAUGAAAGGCAAGACAUUGAAGUACAUUUGAUUAAUGAAUGAUCUGAAGGAAA